AUGAAUCGGAUCAACAGCCUCAAAAGCCCUGGUCGCAAAAGUUCCCGAUCCUCUCUGAGAUCGGACACCCAUCGUGACAGUGAGGGCGUCGCACCCGGCAAUGUUGGCUCAAGAUCUCCGAGAUCCAGUAUGAAACCGGAAUCCUCCCACCGUCGGAGCUCAACCUCCCAUCAUAAUAACACUUCAUCUGACAGGGAUGGACGACGACGCAGAGUGAGUUUCAGCGCCGACACGAGAGACAACGAACAGAGCCCGUCUAGUAGGCCACCAGAUGAAUAUUUCGAACAAACCUACACCCGGGAAGUUCCCGGUGGCAGGGAGCGUAUUCACAUAGCCACGGGAACUUCCAGCAUGUCGCCGCAGAGACCCUCGUCGCAUAUUAUGGAAGCAGAUGAACUUCACAAUACCGCCUCGAGCUUGAAAAAGGCCAGUAUAGCGAUCGACCGGAUGCAAGGCUAUGCGACAGACACAGCUGAUGUUCAAUCCACUUUUGGAAGGAGAAGCUCUACGAGAGAUAUUCCUCGCAUUGAGAGGGGCCAUAACCAGUCCACGACCAAUCUGCCUCGCCCUCAGCCUGAACCCAGCCUGAGAGGGAAAGGCUCUAGGGGAGGUAUUCCUCGUGACCGGGACCAUAACCAGUCCACGACCAAUUUGCAUGCCGACAGUCGCACUCACGGCCAUCGGGGAGAUAACCAUACAGCCCGUUUCAAAGACCUGCAAGAGAAGAUGGCAGCUCUGGAGCGCAGCGUCGGCGAAACAUCAGAAAAGACCCAGGCCUUGGCUACUCAGUUUACCAGACGGGUUAACGUGCGGCCUCGAUCCCAAGUCACUCCCGAGCAGGUAGUUGCGAUGGAGCGAGAGCAGCAAAGGCUUUUGCAAAUGCAGCAGGAGCUUAAAAAGUUCGACGAUUCGAUCCGUCAGUACAGUGCUCACCUUAGCGAGUACGCUUUGGCGAUUCGGCAGGCUACGAAGAACGUUAAGGAGAAAGAUAGUAGUUCUCAUGAUAGGAGAAGCUCCAGGGAGAAAGGAGGUUUUUCUUCUAGAGAGAAGGGUUAUUGA